AUUCAUCUGAUUGAGAGAGAAACAAACAUGGUUGAUGCAGCUCUAAUUAGUGGUUUGCUUUCAAAUUUGGCACCUCUCAUUAAGGAUGAAUUCUCUUUGUUUUGGAGUUUUAAGAAGGAUGUUCAAAAGCUAUCAAGCACGUUGUCUUCAAUUAACUCCGUACUUGAGGAUGCUGAAAGAAAGAACCUACGGGAGAAGGACAAACAAACUGAAGAUUGGUUGUGGAAACUCAAAGAUGUAGCUUACGAGGUUCGAGACAUCAUGGAUGAGUGCACCUUUGAAGAUCUUCGUCUUCAAGUCAAAAGGCGUAAUGCCUCCUCUUCAAUCCGGAUCCAGGUAACCAGCUCAAUAACUCAUCCUUUUAGCAAUACUUGGACACGUCUAAAAGUUGGUCACAAAAUUAAGGAUGUUCAAGACAAACUAAACCAAAUUUCUUCAGAGCGCCAAAAGUUACAUUUGCGUGAAUCUAUUCAUGACUCAAAAAUAGACAAGUUUACUAGUAAUUGGCGUGAAACCAUGUCUCUUUCUAGUUGCAGUCAAGUAUAUGGGAGAGAUAAGGAGAAGAAAGAGAUUAUUGAUAUUCUACUCAAUAAUACAUUUAGUGUUGAUACAAAACUAUCUGUUUUGCCCAUUGUUGGCAUUGGGGGUAUAGGUAAAACAACACUUGCCCAAAUGGUAUUCAAUGAUGAUGAGGUUUCUAAGCAUUUUGAUCCCAAAAUCUGGGUUUGUGUUUCAGAUGAAUUUGAUAUUAAGUUGGUGAUCAAAUUCAUCAUAGGAGAAACAAAGGAAACUUCCUUAGAGAUAUUGCAAAAAAUGAUUCAAGAUAAAUUGAGAGGGAAAAUAUAUUUGAUUGUAUUGGAUGAUGUUUGGAAUGAAAAGGGUGUGGCAUGGGAUCAGCUAAGAUCUAUAUUAGAUUGUGGAUCAAAUGGUGCGUUCGUCCUUACAACAACACGUAAAAGAAAUGUGGCGGAAAUCAUGGAAACGAUUCAACAUUAUGAAUUAUCAUCGAUCUCUGAAGAAGAUUGUUGGCUACUAUUUAAAGAACGUGCAUUUAUGCAUAAAAAACUGACAACACCAAACUUUAUUGAUAUUGGAAGAGAAAUAGUUAGAAAAUGUAAGGGUGUUCCUUUAGUUGUCAAGACAUUAGGAAGUCAAUUGAGAUUCAAUAAUGACGAAAAUGAAUGGUGCAUAAUAAGAGAUAGUGAGAUAUGGGAGAUAUCACAAAAUGAAGAAGAUCUCUUGCCUAUUCUAAGGUUGAGUUAUUAUGACCUCCCUUAUUAUUUGAGAAGAUGUUUUUUGUUUUGUGUUAUAAUUCCCAAGGAUACUGAAAUAGGAAAGGAGAGUUUAAUUCAAUUGUGGAUUGCCCAUGGUUUAAUUCCUACCGUUAAAAACCAAGAAGUAGAAGAUACUGGGACUACAAUUUGGAAGGAAUUGUGUUGGAGAAACUUUUUUCAAGAUGAAAAAGAGAACAACUAUUGGAAGGAUAAAGUUAUAACAUGUAAGAUACACGAUCUUAUGCACGAUCUUGCCAAAUCUGUUAUGAAAGAUGAAUAUUAUAGGAUGGAUGCUAAUAGCUCAAGUGAUGGUCUGGGACUAGGACAUGGAAUUCGUCAUGUAACAUUAAUGUUUAAUUGGUUAGACAAAACAUCAUUUUGUUCUCUUAAAAAUAUUCGAGGGUUGCAAUCAAUAAUGCUCUAUGGCGGAGAUUAUGGAAAAGGCGUAAAGGAGAUUUUGAGUGUCUUGAAGAAACUUCCAUCUUUACGUGUCCUUGAAAUAAACCGCGAUGGUAUGCAAUAUCAAGUUGUGCGCUAUAUGCAGUGUCAAGAUUUGCGUUACGUGGGACGUCUAAAACAUCUUAGAUACUUAGACAUUUCUGGUUGUCUGAUAACAACCUUGCCUAAUAGUAUUUGUCAUCUUUUGAACUUACAGACUCUAAAACUCAAUUCUUGUUGUCAUCUUGAACAUUUGCCUAGAAACACAAAAGACCUCAUUAACCUGAAACAUCUAUAUUUGGAGGGUUGUUCUGGAUUAAAAUAUUUUCCUACAGGGAUUGGGCAAUUGAAACAUCUCAAGACAUUAAGCUUGUUUGUGAUAGGAAAGAAGGAGAAAUACUGCCAACUUGAUGAAUUAAAAGAAUUGGAUAUCCGCGGCUCCUUGAAAAUUAAGAAUCUUGAAAAAGUUAGUAAUGUAUCUCUUGCAAGAGGGAUAAGUUUGGCUAAAAUUACGAGUAUCAGUGAGUUGGAUCUGGAAUGGACAUUUGAUGAUAGUAAUGAUAAUCAGACCAAGACUAGACAUGAGAAAAUAUGUGAAGCUCUGGAGGUUUUAAAUGCGAGGCUGAAGAAAUUGAGAAUGAGUGGUUACAAAGGUGUGAAUCUCCCUAAAUGGGUUGAAAAGGCAUCUCCUUCUCUAACACACCUUGAGCUUAAGGACUUGGACAAUGUGAAUACUAUUAUUCCAAGUACUAGAGCAUUUCCUAAUCUAUGCUGGCUAAACAUAUCUUAUUGCCCAAAGUUAGGGAGGUUACUGCCACAUCUGAAAGCACUCAAAGAUCUAACAGUCUGGGGUGAAUGUUCGGAUGAAUUGUUAAAUAGCAUCUGGAAUCUCAAUGGUCUCACUCAUCUGAAACUUGGUGCAUUGAAUAAUGAUGUGGAGCACAUAUUCACCGUCAGAAACAUGAAUUGAAUUGAAGUAGAGUUAGAGGAACUUUACAUUAGUCAGAUGAUGAAUUUGAGGGAAUUGGUGUCUCCUACUUUUCCUAGUCCCGGACCAUUCACUACUUUAUCGAAGAUUCAUAUAUCUGAUUGCCCAAAACUAGGGAUCUUGCCUCCCCAUCUCAAAGUACUCAAAGAUGUAACUGUUUGGG